AUGAUUCCAGCUUGUCGCCGUUAUGUCAAAAUUUUUCUGAUUUUUUCGAACUUCAUUGCGAUUUUCUGCUUGGUCAGUCUACUAUUUCCUCCCUCGCCAGAAAUCUACCGAAAGGUUAAAAAAAAAUGAAGAAAAAAACAGUAGAAAAGUAGUUCAGAAGAAUGUGAGAACUGAAAAACGAACUUUGGAAGAGUCCCAAGAAAUAAAAAUGUCGCGAUCGGCUUUCGAGAUUUGGAGAGAAUGCAUGGAGCGUUUGGCGUCAAAAAAACAGUCCGUUACACUUUCAUUAAAAUCUUUUCGAUUAGACUUUUCAGUGGAGAAGACUUCAUGAAUAACUUCUUGAGUGGAGUGGCCAAGUGCAGACGCAAAACUAAUAUGUGGCAUGUAGAAGUCGACAACGUCAAAGGCGCUUUUUUCCAUUUUAUUUUGCCUGCUGAGGUUUUUUUUUAUCGAUUUCUUGUCAUUUGAGUCUCAUUUUUGUUGUUUCCACAAAAUUUUGUCAGGCUUGAAAAGUUUUUUGUAGAACUUCACAUUGACAACAGUUCGUUUGGGAGCAUCUGAAGACUUCAUUAUGGAAAAGUAUCUGAAAAACACUAUGAAAGUUUGCUCUCGGUCUCGCGUUUUUUGUUUUCUUCGUUCUUGCAGAGGUUCAACUUCUUUGGAACCGACACUCUCGAUGAGGAAAAUACUUUCUUAAAGAACAAAGCUGUUUAUCUUCCAAUUUCCGUCGGGUCCCGUACAGCUUUGAGAAAAACAAGCGAUCUGAGGAAAGGUCAGAAUUGUUUCGAAAAACUUUUAUAAAUAUAUUUAAACUGCAGGUUUUACAAAUGUUGAUGUGAAAAUCGAUCUUCUGACUUUCUUAUCAAAAUUCGUCAAUGAAACAGUGAUUGAUUACUUGAUGAUAGAAAAAGGCGAGUGAAAGUUGUUUUUUUUUAAAUUAUUCCUUGACGUUAUAGUAGACGAAGAAGACGCAAUCGAAAUGAUUCCAAAAUUUCUGACUGAGGAGGAGCUAGAUAAAAUUGGCAAAUCUAUAUGUCAACUAGAUUUUAAGGUCUCUGAUUUUCAGAACUCCUGAAAAUUCAAAGUACAGGUACCUCUUCUCAAAGUCUUUGACGAAGACUACGAUUGGCGGAUCCAACAAAUACUGGAUUCCCUUGUCAGGUUAACAUAUAAAAACUCCAAUUUUGUUGCGAACAUCAUGAUAAAUUCAAAUUAAAUUCACCAGUUUCAGUGCCGAAAACUAUGCGACAUUGGCCGCCGAGAGGUCAAGAAACCAUCUUCGUGUCUUUUUAGUAAACUUCUCUGAACCGAAAUGUCUUCAGCGAUUCAUUGUUCAAUUCUUCUCAAGUUUGAUUUAUUGAAAUUUCCCGAGCUAUUUUGAAAUAUUUAUAUCUACUUUCCAAUUAUUUAUUAAUUAUUUUGUCUUUUCAGAAAUAUUUUCAGAGGAUAAAUUCUUAUAAUUCUCAUUUGUUUGAUCUUGAAGAAAUAUUUUGUCAAAUUGCCAGGGAAAGGGUAUUUCGAAAUGCAGAAAGCACUUUAUGUCUUUGUGAAGGAAUAAAAAAAGAAGAAAUCGUUUUUUCUAGGAGAAGUUGAAACUAUUAUUUGUGUUUGAGCUUUUGAAAAUGUAAAAAACUUAUUUCUCGAUAAAAUUUAGUUAUCUCUCCUUUCGAUUUGAGAUUUGCGGGUGAUUCUAAGCCAAAAAAUCGCACGUUUAUUAAGAAAGAUUUCAUCCUGCGGUUUUUCUCAAUAUCAAACUUUCAAAUUUGCUCUAAUGAUUAAAAAAAAACUAGAAAUUCCAUCUGUGUUGAGUAAAAUAAAAAAACAUAUUCUAAUCCUCACUAUGAUUAAAUAUACUUGUUUGGUUGCGGCUGGGAAAUGUAGUAUCCCAUGAAAAUGAAUUUUCGAGUUCAUUGCAUUUUUGAUUCGUGUAGCCGUCGGAUAGCUUUCACACCUGUCGCACGUGCAAUCCAGCUGCUUGUUUCUGAACACGAACUCUCUUUUUAUAUCUUUCCUUUUGGCAAUUCGUGAAUCGCAGUUCCGCAUUAACCACGACGUUACUCUGAACAAGUUCUGCUGGCCUCUUUGUGGAAACCAAAUGCCCACACAAGUUCUCCUCCUCGCCACACAUCGAUUUCUUCAUUCCGAAGCGUUUUCUUCUAGCACCUUUGCUUAA